CGCCCGCUCCUCUUGUCCUGUGCCAGGGGUCCCUUUCGGGUCGCGAGCGCGACUCGCUUCCGCCGUUUUCCCGUGGGAGCCGCGGCGGGCCCCGGGUAGGUGGUGGGGCCUGCUCGGUCCGGGCCGCGUGAUGGGCGGCGGGGCUGCUGCGCUGUUGUGGAGCCAGGAGGACGCGGCCUGUGACAUUGUAAACAAGAAGAAGGCGGCAUUAUCUCCUGCAAAUGUAAACAAACUUGUUUGAGUGAUUGGCUGAACAAGAAGUAGGACUGAGUGGACUUGUUUGGGGUAAGAACUGUCCAAUGUAGUCAUGGCUCGAGAACGGAAAUGCAUACUAUGUCACAUCGUGUACAGCUCAAAAAAGGAGAUGGAUGAGCACAUGAGAAGCAUGCUUCACCACAGAGAACUUGAAAAUCUGAAAGGAAGGGACAGCAACCACAAGUGCCAGGUGUGCAGGGUGACAGUGGUGGGCUUGUCAGCAUAUGCCAAGCACAUCUCCAGCCAGCUGCACAAAGACAAUAUCGAUGCCCACGACAGAGAGGAAGACGAACGAAAAGAAAAGGCUGAUGAAGAGUACUUUGACAAGGAACUAAUUCAACUAAUCAAACAAAGGAAGGAACAGAACCGGCAAGUUGAAGCUUGCUUGAGAAACCAAGAAAUAGAACCCGAUGAUAGGAGACCACAGAGAAGGCGAGAAGAAAGAGCUGUUUAUAAAGACAGAGAAACUUAUGAUCCAUCCUUGUGGCACCAUCAUGGCCCAUCUCAGAGGGACUGGAAAUGGGAAAAUGAUGGCUUUAUGAAUCCAAGGCAAGGCAAAUUCCCACAUUCUACGAAGAACCCUAUUGCAGACCGGCAUCUCAGUGAUCGCAGGGGAUGCUCAGGAUGGCAUCAAAAUGGUUCUACAGGCCUUUCGGGUCAACAUGAUAACCAUGGGAAUUCUGGAGGUCUUUGGCAUCCAGAUGCAGGAGCAGAAAUGUCAAAAUGGUAUCAAGAUGUCAAAGGAAGAAAUUCCAACUGGCAUUCCGAAGGAACAGGUGACUUUUCUAUUUGGCAUUCUAAAAACGCAGCAAGAAACUGGAAAUCCAGACCUCAGGGUGCAAAUGGCUGGAAUGUUGGUGGCACAGAGGACACACAUGAAAUGGCAAGAAAUAGGACUGGAAAUUCUAGUCCCCACACAGAAGUUGGAAGUGUUGCAUGGGAAAAAAAAACCAUUAAAUAUAAUCAGGAAAGGUAUACACGGCAGUGGCAGGCGAAUGACCAAUUAGAUUUUACUAGUGAUAAACUCCCUCCAGUGGGGGCACUGGAUUUCAGUAUUUCUGAACAACCAGAGAAUAAAAUAUCCAAGGUGAAUGGAAAGAGUGGCAGCACUUCCAAAGAUAAAAUUCAUCGCUGGACUCCUUACCCCUCCCAGAAAGCUACAGACCAGCAGCCAUGGUCUGAAGAAAAUGUUCCUAAAACUUCAGAGAAAAAAGAUUCUGUAUCUGUACCUUUUCUCAAGACACCCAUGAAAGGGAUGGAUCUUGAAAUAGAUACAUCAAGCCUCCCAAAACUGAUAACGUGGGAAGAGACCCUUUUAAACCAGCCCUGUUACAAGGCCACUGCUGACCAACUUGAAUCUUGCAAGAUGAAUGCGGACUGCCUCAGUGGAGGAAGAUCUGACCAAGAGGAGAGCAGAAGUAACAGGAUGCCAUCACUGAAAUCCCCACUCUUGGUUAUUCCAGACAUGAAGUUAUCUUCCCAAAAGCAAGACCCAAAGAAUCUCUUGAAAAAUGUCAAGCUUCUAUUAUCAUCAUCCCCUGGAGAACUCCAGAACCAUUCGAAUGCUCUGAACUUAGAAACUAACCGGUCCUCUUCUUAUGUAUCCAAGUUGCGCAAUGCUUGUAGCAUAAGAGGUAGCAGAGAUAUGCUUGACAGAAACCAGAGACAGGCUAUUGAUAGCCUAAGUGAAGAACUACGAAAAGCCAAAGAAGAGUUGCAAACCAAUCUUUCUCUGCAAAAUCCUUACUUAAGUUCAUACAGAGAUACAGAGAGUGAUCUAAAUGGUGGUCUGAAUAUAGAGGAACCCAGGAAAGGUUCUUCAAAGACUAAUGAGCCUAGAAUUGAUACAUUAGAAGAUGUAAGUGAAGAGUGUGAAAAGGCUGAAGCAGGGGUCGAACAACGAUGUCCAUUUAUUAAUAAUUGUUCACCGUGUGACCCUCAGGAGUGUGAACAUGUUGCCACCAGAAAGGAAGGUGACACAGAAGCAUCAGGCAAACCUCUCGAUUCAAGUAUUAUAACUGAGAAGCAAAAAGAUUCUGAAUUUCAAACGGAGUCAGUGAACCCAUCAAGCCUUCAAAACAAUUUAAGUGAUGAGCUGAAAACCUCUCAGGAAGGGAAAGGUGAAGAUCCUGUCAAAUCAAAUCAUCAUUUUGAUAUGGAAGGCUUUGAAGACAAUUUAGAUCAUGAACUGCAAAAAGGAGGUGGUGGCCAACCUUCAGGCCCUCUUCUUCCUGAAUUAAGUAAACUUGGCCUCCCUGCUUCCCUCCAAAGAGAUCUGACACGACAUAUCAGUUUGAAGAGUAAAGUUGGGGCACAUCUUCCUGAGCCCAACCUCAACAAUGCACGACGUAUUCGAAAUGUUAGUGGUCAUCGAAAGAAUGAGACUGAGAAGGAGUCUGGACUUAAACCAACCCUGAGGCAGAUUCUUAGUGCAUCCCGAAGAAACAUAAACUGGGAACAGGUCAUCCAGCAAGUAACAAAGAAGAAACAGGAGCUUGGCAAGGGUUUACCAAGAUUUGGCAUAGAGAUGGUACCACUUGUUCAGAACGAGCAGGAAGGUCUUGAUUUGGGUGAAGAACCGGAGCUGUCCAGCCUAGAAGGAUUCCAGUGGGAAGGGAUUUCCAUUGCAGUAUCUGGAUCAGCUAGGAAACGCAGCCUCUCCGAAAGCAGUGUUGUGGACAGGACUGCUUCUGUUUAUGGCUUCUUCAGUGACCAAGCCACGACAAAGGAAAGUGAGCAAAAGCAAAUCAUUCCAGCCUGCCAUUCACAUUUUAUAGCACCUGUAUAUAAAACAAGCGCUGAUAAUGUGGCCAACUUCAAACAAGAGACAUCCUCUCUCCCCUCAUCACCAUUCAUGUCUGAAAGAACUGAAACUAUUAUCAACGGAAGGAGACACAGCCUACAUACUCCCUCUGAUGUUACAAGCCUCACAGUAUUUACCACAAAACAAGAUCAGGAGAGCCCAGAAUGUAGAAUACCACUUCUUGAAAACAAAAAUGCAUUAGAGCUCACAGGAGAAGGAAACGUUUUGGCUUCAAAUGGAGCUUCAGUGCAUGCAGGAUCAAACUCUGUAGAUGCAGCUACAGACAGCAGCUGUACGUCUGGAACUGAGCAGAAUGACAGCCAGGGAAUUGGAAAGAAAAGAAGAGCAACUGGAGAGGGAUCGUCUCCUGAAAUCCCAAGUCUAGAAACAAAGAAUAAAAGAAGGAAAAUUAAAGGCAAGAAAGAGCGUUCUCAGGUAGACCAGUUGUUGUCUAUUUCCCUGAAAGAAGAAGAGUUGAACAAGUCACUGCAUUGUGUGGAUGACCGCCUCUUGCAGGCUCGGGCUGCUCUGCAAGCAGCCUAUGUUGAAGUUCAACGAUUCCUUGUAUUGAAACAGCAGAUAACAAUGGAGAUGAGCGCAUUGAGGAGUCAGAGAAUUCAGAUCCUGCAGGGGCUACAAGAAACGUAUGAACCUCCUGAGAGGUCAGAACAGCUCACCUGCAGCAUCUCAGAUGAAAGAAGAAUUAGCAGAUCCAUGACAACAGCUGAUCUAGCUCUUCCUCCUUCGAGUCACUUCUUUCCCCUUCUGGAGACUUCUUCACGUCUCUCCUCCCAUACGUCCCCUUCUGGUACUCCCUUGGGAGCCUCUCUCCGAGUGAGCACCCCUCCUGUGUUCCAAACCCCUAGUACUAUCACUGCCAGCACUCUUCCUGAUUCAUCAAUGCAAAUUAAACAAGAACCUAUGUCUCCAGAGCAUGGAGAAGAAAGUGUGAAUACCAUGCUCCAUGGCUCUGUGUGUACUGCACAAGCAGAACUGCAGCAGAGGGAUGUAGAUAUCAGCCAGAAAACUUCUGUGUAUCCAGUUAUCUCCGCAAUCAUGUCCUUGUCAGAGCUGACUACUUGUUUCAAGCAGACUAAUCAAGAUGUUCACAAGCCUGCUACAGAUAAGGGGCGGACCAUACUAUCUGGGAUCCCUUCCCCUUCACAAUCGCUGUCUACUCUCAACAAACAAAAAGGAGAGAUUGAAACUCUGACUGAAAUCACUUUACCAGAACAGCGUAGCAGCUCCCUUGCAAAUCAGUCUCUCUCUUUAGAAACACCUUUGGACAAAGAUCCCAAACUACUAGCAGAACAGCCUGAGCAUCCAACAGAAUCCACUCUGGUCUCUCCAGAAAACAAAGGAAAAAAGAGAAGGAAAAAGCUAAGGAAAAAGAAAACAUUGCGAGCAGUCCAUGUGCCUGAGAACAGCGACACUGAACAGGAUGUUAUUGACUCUAAACCUGUUAGGAAAGUCAAGAGCGGGAAGGUGCCCACUGGGGGAAAGGUUACUACAUCCACCUUUUCAAGACAGGAAGAUAGGGGCACUCAUGAAGUAGACAGGAAUAAAGAUGAUAAUGAGAGUGAUGCCUCUCUGGAAUUAGUAGAAACUGCAAACCCCCCGUUUGAGGUGGUGGCCAUCAACUCAUCAGAGUCAGGAGAGGAGAAACCAGACAGCCCAUCUAAGAGGGACACCAUGAAAUCCUCGGAGCAAACUUUAAUGGAGGCAUCUCGCUCUGGUUAUGAUGAAGUGAGCUCCACCAGUGAAAUUGGCACAAAUUAUAGGGAUGGCAUCAAUAGAAGUAUGGCUGAGACUCUCCCUUCUAUAUCACCAAUGAGAUGUUCAAAGAACUCCUCAGAAGUGUCUUCAGAGCCAGGUGAGGAUGAAGAACCUACGGAGGGGAGCUUUGAGGGACACCAAGCUGCAGUGAAUGCUAUUCAGAUAUUUGGGAGUGUGCUUUACACCUGCUCAGCAGACAAAACUGUCCAUGCCUACAAUCUGGUUAACAGGAAAUGUGUGGGUGUCUUUGAAGGACACACUUCCAAAGUGAACUGUCUUCUGGUUACUCAAACAAAUGGGAAGAAUGCAGCCCUCUACACUGGCUCUAGUGACCACACAAUCAACUGUUACAAUAUCAAGACCAGGGAGUGCAUGGAGCAAUUUAAAUUGGAAGACCGGGUGCUCUGUCUGCAUAGUAGAUGGCGAAUCCUGUAUGCAGGCCUGGCAAAUGGCAGUGUGGUCACUUUCACCAUAAAGAACAACAAGCAAAUCGAUAUCUUUGAAUGCCAUGGCCCUAGAGCAGUCAGCUGUCUAGCCACAGCUCAGGAAGGAGCACGCAAGUUGUUGGUAGUGGGGUCCUAUGACUGUACUAUCAGUGUGCGGGAUGCUCGAAAUGGACUGCUUCUCCGAACUCUUGAAGGUCAUAGCAAAACAAUACUCUGUAUGAAGGUUGUGAAUGAUCUGGUGUUCAGUGGCUCCAGUGACCAGUCUGUCCACGCUCACAAUAUACAUACAGGAGAGCUGGUACGAAUCUAUAAAGGCCAUAAUCAUGCAGUAACUGUUGUGAACAUCCUAGGGAAGGUGAUGGUAACUGCUUGCUUGGAUAAAUUUGUCCGUGUUUAUGAGCUACAGUCUCAUGACCGUUUGCAAGUCUACGGAGGACACACAGAUAUGAUCAUGUGCAUGACUAUUCAUAAGAGCAUGAUCUACACUGGCUGCUACGAUGGCAGUGUCCAAGCUGUGCGGCUUAACCUGAUGCAGAAUUACCGUUGCUGGUGGCAUGGAUGUUCACUGAUAUUUGGAGUUGUGGACCACCUGAAACAACACUUGCUAACAGAUCACACCAACCCACAUUUUCAGACCCUAAAAUGUCGCUGGAAGAACUGUGAUGCCUUUUUCACUUCCAGGAAAGGUUCCAAGCAGGAUGCUGCAGGACACAUUGAAAAACAUGCCACAGAUGACAGCAGAAUCGACUCAUGAAGCUUUUCACCUCCCAUAUUGGGAAGUAAUUUUAUACAUCAGAACUAUUCCAUACAUCAUUCACCUCUUGUCCCGUCCUCUUUCCUCCUCCUUUUCCUCCUUGGAGUGGAAAAAGGGAGUGGGGCCUAACUGCCGUACUACAGAGACUGCAUGUCACAUGCAACUCUGUAGAAAUGGGAGCGGCCAUUAACAUUCAGACCAAACUGUGUUCAGUUUUUUGUCCAGUUUUUAUUCAUCAGAAGACACUAUGAGCAUCUGCUGUUGUUUGCCCAUUUGAAGAAGUGCAUUCUGUGCAUCUAAGAUCAGGCAUUCAGAGGGGUAUUCUGACUGAGAUAAAACUAGGUGCCAGGAUUCAAUGACACCUUCAAAUGUGCAAGGAUCUAACCAAGGCGAGUAGUGUUCAGCUGUUUCAUGUUGUAUGCAAAUCCCACACAAACUUUCAUUUUUUAGCCAAUUUUAAUAAAAUAUUUCUAACUAGAAAGACACACGUUCCACGGAGAGUUAGCUCUGAACUUCCAUUACAAAUGUUGACUGUCCUCAUAAAACUACAUAGUAUUUUAAUGGGAAACUGGAAUGAAGUGAUUCCUUUUUUUAAUGUUAACUGCAAUUUAUGCUUUGACAUUUUGAUUAUUCUUUGUUUAAAGGUUGCUCUGAUUGGUAAAAUGCGCAGUGACCUGACUGGAUUUCAUUGUCCUGCACAUUACAUUCUCUAAGGAGAUUUUGUGAUGAGGGCAGACACUUUUGAGAGGUGUUGCAGCCGCAAAGCAGCCUGACUUCUUCCUUCAAACCCACUCAGUGAUCUCUAACAAAUUAAAAGACUAGGGACCUUAGUGGCAGACAGUACAGAGAGUAAUGCCAGCUUUGUAUUUUGCAUUUUGACAACCACUGCUGUCUUGAUACAACACCAGAGCUGGAUUCCGGAUUUCUGGUAGUUUAUUUUGGCAGAUUUCAUAACUUAUUUUAGUUGAGAUCGCAUAGAAUUUUUUUGACUGGCAAUGCAAUCCUAUCCCUUUAUGGAAGGUCAGUUUACUGAGCAGAUGCACAAGCACCACAUGUCUGAACACAGCCAUUUUGGUGUUGCUCAGUUUCCAGUAUAAACUGGCUUUAUUUGUAUCAGCUUUGUAAUCACUCGAGUUUAUCAUGGAAGUGUGCAACAGAGAGCUGCUGGAUGUGGAGCAGGAUUUUAGAGUCCAGGGAUCUCAAGCAGAAGCUGAGGGUACAAAUUGCAUAUCUUCUGUAGAGGACUUCAUUCUAGGAAUGCUUUUAAGAUACUGCAAACUGCCAUAAAAGGAAGGCCAUGCUUGUUUGUAGUGGUCUGAUUUGCUCCUUACUUACUCCUGAGGGGGACUGAAAUCUCAUUUGUUCAGCAGGAACUGCAAAAUAGAAAAGGCUGUGGGAUUGGUCCCUCCCCACCUCCAUCCUUUCCCCCUUCCCCACACACCUUCUAGGUCAUGAGACUAAGUGAAGGUAGCAAAGGAUGAUCUUCCCUCCCUUUUAAUAAUAUCAGCUCAGUACAGGAAAGUAAGAGUUCUCACUAGAUGUGCAAAGAAGGCAAAAAGAAACCUAGUGGUAGAAACUGCUUUUUUCAUAGGCAAGUCCAGAAGCUGCUGAAGAGGUUGAAUAUGCUGUGAGUUUCAUCUGGUGUCUCUUCAGUUACCGAGGUCAAGGCUUAAAUAUUCCUAAUGCAGAUUAAUGUAAUGUUAUAGCCUUGCUUUUUGGUAAUGGAGAAACCUUUUUGUUCACUGAAGUGAUUGAGGAAAGCUCGCCACAUACUCUGCCCUGCUACUAAAUCAAAGAGUCUCUGAAGGUCAUCCUUUUAUGUUGGCUGAAAGACGGGUGAAAGAUCUCUGUAGUUACACAAAAUCAGUAUUUUUCUUGUAUCUCUUUAACUUUAGCAAUGGAAUAAAGUGCCCACCUUAUUUCCUGAGCUGUAGUCCUCGUGGUUGAAAGACUUUUAAAGAAAUAGGUUCCUAAUAUAUUGAUAAAUUUUUCUUUUGUGAAGACUUCUCCAAAGAAAAGCAGAGAAUUGCACGGGGAGCCUUGAUGUUUUUGCUGUGGCCUAAGGGUGGAGUACUUUAAGUGCCAGUCUAAUUCAAGGAGCUCGCUAAGCAAUGUAAUUUUUGUGUGUGCGUGGUGGAUUUUUUGGCAACUCAGUCUUAAAACAGAAGGCUGUGGAAGGCUUACAAAACACCACCUAAACCACUGACAUUCAGGAGCUUUCCCACAAUAGGAAAGUGGCAUGCAAAGGUGUGGAAGAAACAAUGUGAAUUUUUUAGGAUAUUCUUAGCAGAAUGUGAUUUGAAGUGAAGGUACAGAGUCAUGUGUAUUAAGGACAAGCUUGUGGAGUGCAUUCUGAGGACUGGUGUGUGUGUGCAUUUUGUUACUUUUUCCUUGUGGUACUUUGCACUGUUUCCCCAUUUCUUUAAUAUGUUGGGAAACUGUCAAUGACUGUUUGCAAGAAUGUGUGAAUGUUCUUUUCACUAUAUUAAGUAUUGCAAGGUAUGCCGUUCUCACACUUUUCAUUUGUGUUCCUGACUAUAAUGGUGUGUUGGGGUGGGGGUUGUGGGGGGGGUUUUGUUCUUGUUUUUAUUUAGUUAGAUGAGAGCAAACAAAGAUUUCCAACUCUUUUUAGUUCAUUUCAAGACAUCUGAAAUCUUUUCUUUGGUUAACUUUUAAACUAUCCUCCCAGUGUAGUUGGAAUUGAUGAAAUGUAGCCUUCUGUUAUGCCAGAAGGAGAGAACUAACUGUGAUUCCCACCUGGGUGCCUAUGUUUGGUAGCUUACAAAGAAACAGAUGUUGAUUAAAUAUAAGAAUUAGUGGUGAUCAGGGAAAAUUAUGUAGGUGGAUGAGCUUUAAAAAAGUUUUAGCAGCAUAUUCAUAAAUUGUCUGUAGUUACUUUUGGGGUUCAGAGAAAAAGGUUACACCAUUUUGCUGCAUCACAGCAAAUUUCCAUGAGAGAGUCCUAAGCCACAAAGCUGUCAUGAAGAUCUGAACUUCCCCAAAGUUGAGGGGCAUUUGGAUAUGGGGUUCAGUUUUUGGCCCAUCUGUAUUAUCCACUUUCCUACCUGUUCAGCUGGAAAUCUAGGUGGAUUUAAUUAAUGACCACUUAGUUCUUCCAGGCACUAAGAAAAUUGCAGGGACAGUGGUUGAUAAAUUAAUUUUUCAUUAGGUCUUUAAAUUUAAAAUCUGGAUUUAUUAGGCAAAUUUGGUCCCCCAUCCCUGAAACCACACAGGAGACUGACAUCUGGCAUCCCUCCACUUGAAGAACUAGAAAUUGUCUUGGGAAAGGGGAAUAUUUGUUGAAAGAAUAGAUGUCUCUAGGAAAGCAAUACUACACUUUGGAAGCAGUGUUCAAGACUAUUUAUUUGACUUUUCUUGAAAGGAAAGAGUUAAAAAUAAAGUAAAUAGAGGAAAGUGGGGCUUUUAUUUUUAUUUUUUUUCUUACAUAUUGGCUAAGGAUGGUGUAUAGCUAAAAUAUAAAGGUCUUGUUGGAGUGCAUGGCACCACUCCCCCCUGCUGCUGCCCCCCUCCCCCCACAGUACUGAUAUUUCGCUUAUGCCAUGACCAUGUUUAGUGGGUGUAAGUGAUGAGAACAUGAUCGUGUUGCGGUAACAUAGGAAAUACAUUAUGUAUCACAGAAGAUAAUCUUCAGGAAACCUUUCCACUGUAAUUUUUUUUUUUUUUAAGAAGAAUCUGGGAAUUCCACAUGAUGUUCUCCUACUCCACCUCCAAUCACAAGGAGGAGGGAAUAAAUGGAGUAGCUCUAAAAAGUUUUGUCAUCUUCUAGCUAUAUCCCAAAUUACAGCUUAUUUGUUCUCAGAAAACAGCAAUCCAAUUAGUAGAUACAUUAUCAAUAUUAUUGCUUUUCAGUCAUCUUUUCCCCUCCCAAUUGCAGGGCUUUAAUGGAAGAAAUGGUAGCUAGUUGAUGAUGGUUUAGUGUUUCUCACUCCCCCUCCCCCCCCCAGACUCCUUAAUUACUGAGCUGUGGUCAGUAAGGGCCAUUUUUUAGGUAGAUGGGGGAUGUUUCCACCCAUGGCAAAAGAAAACCUUUUCAAUUCAUUGAUACAAAAAUGCAUUAAAUACCCCAGCUUCUGUUUGCCUUCUUGUGGCAAGUGUUUAGAAUGCAGACUUCAAAAAUGCGUGGUCAAAAUAUAAGAUGAUAAAUUGAAUUUGUUGUCAAAGCCUGUUGCUAAACAGCACACAUGUAAGAUUUUCUGUGCAUAUUUGCAGACCUUUACACUGCAACACUGCUGGAUCAAAAUAAACAAAGAAAAACAACAAAACAUAUAAAUGCGAAUCAAGUUCUAGCAAACAUUGGAUUCUUGUGGAUAAAUCUGUGAUCAUGACAGGAUGACUUCCCUUUUGUGACUAAACACAAAUACAAGAUGAAAUUUAAGAUGUUUUCAGGUAUGUAUGGUACUACUGCCUGGACAUAGUCUAAAUAGUCCCAAAUUGUAGAAUAUGCAAGCAAGAUUAUUGAAAUGGUUUCAAUUAUUGUUUGUAAACUAUUUAUUAGUAAAAAUAAAGAGCAAACUGUGUAGGUAACGUUUUUUGGUUUUUUUAAUAUGUACCUGCCAGCUUCUCCAACUUCAUUUUGUUACAAAUGUUAAACCUAGUCUUUGGAAGAAUGAAAGUGGGAUAAAACAAUGUGGCUUUUUAGUAUUUCCUAAGUAAAGCUGUGUGAAUCAUGCACAGAAUGACUUGGCCUUUCCUCUUUAAUUUUGGUGCAAAGCUGUGAACAUAUUAAUGGAACUUUAUAAAGCAAAACAAAAAAAAAAGGAAAAAAUAAAAGUUCUUUAUACUAA